CCUCCCAAAAGAUUCACAUAAGAAGUCUCGCCCACGCAUCCACCCCUCGCGCAGACACUAUCGCUCUCAAACAUAAGAAAAGAAAAAAACCCCAAAACAAAAGGCGUCUCUAAAAGUUUGACGAUCUCUACGAUGCUCCUCCAUCUCUCUCUCAUUGCUUAAGAAUCUCCAUUCACACUCCCCCCCUCCUACCUAGCUUACUUUCUAGCCUUUUCCUCUCCCUCCUAUAGAUUCUCUCUCCACUUUUCUGAUCUUAUUGGUGGAUUCGGCUGAUAGUUCGGAGAAGUCGGCUUUCGGAGUUGGAGAAUGGCUUCUUCACUAUCGUAUUCUCCGGUUGCAUUCGCUGGAGCUUCGGCUUCGGAUCUUCUCCGGAGCUCCAGCAACGGCAUCAGUGGAGUUCCUCUGAGAACACUAGGAAGGGCUCGAUUGGGUGCAAGGAGGAGGGAUUUCGCCGUCGUCGCAAAGAUUAGGAAGGGGAAGAAGCAUGAGUAUCCGUGGCCAGAUAAUGCGGAUCCUGAUGUUAAAGGUGGGAUCCUUAGCCAUCUAUCGCAUUUCAAGCCGUUGAAGGAUAAGCCGAAGCCCGUAACUUUGGAAUUCGAGAGACCGCUUGUCGAUCUAGAGAAGAAAAUCAUUGAUGUCCGGAAAAUGGCGAACGAAACUGGUCUGGACUUCAGUGAUCAAAUUAUUUCAUUAGAGAAUAAGUAUCAGCAGGCGUUAAAGGAUUUAUACACACAUCUAACUCCUAUACAGCGUGUUAAUAUUGCACGGCAUCCUAACAGGCCAACUUUCCUCGAUCAUGUAUUUAGCAUUACUGAAAAGUUUGUGGAGCUUCAUGGAGACAGGGGUGGGUACGAUGAUCCAGCUAUUGUUACUGGUGUUGGAACAAUAGAUGGUAGGAGGUACAUGUUCAUGGGUCACCAAAAGGGUAGGAACACAAAAGAGAACAUUCAACGGAACUUUGGGAUGCCUACUCCCCAUGGUUACCGGAAAGCUCUGCGUAUGAUGUAUUAUGCAGAUCACCAUGGUUUCCCUAUAGUUACUUUCAUUGACACCCCUGGGGCAUUUGCAGACCUUAAAUCCGAAGAACUAGGCCAAGGUGAAGCCAUUGCGCACAAUUUAAGGACCAUGUUUGGUUUGAAGGUACCCAUUGUUUCUAUUGUCAUUGGGGAAGGUGGCUCUGGUGGUGCACUUGCCAUUGGCUGUGCUAAUAAAUUGCUAAUGCUCGAAAAUGCAGUUUUCUAUGUUGCCAGUCCGGAGGCAUGUGCGGCAAUCUUGUGGAAAACUGCCAAAGCCGCUCCAAAGGCAGCUGAGAGGCUAAAGAUUACUGCUCCAGAGUUGUGCAAGCUGCAGAUUGCAGAUGGCAUUAUUCCUGAGCCACUUGGUGGUGCACAUGCAGAUCCAUCUUGGACCUCAAAACAGAUAAAGAAGGCAAUUAAUGAAUCAAUGGAUGAGCUCAUGAAGAUGGACACACCAGAGCUUCUGAAGCAUCGCAUGCUUAAGUUCCGCAAAAUCGGUGGGUUUCAAGAAGGGCUUCCAGUAGAUCCUAAGAAGAAAGUCAACAUGAAAAAGAAAGAAGAGCCCAUCAGGAAGACUUCUGAUCUAAAUAUUGAGGAUGAGGUCAAAAAACUUAUGCAGCAAAGAUUAGAUGCUAAAGAGUCCUCGGUCACGCCUCCACAGUCAGAUCUGGACGAGAUGAUAAAUAAAUUGAAAAGAGAGGUCGAUCGUGAAUUUUUCGAGGCUGUUAAAACCAUUGGGUUGAAGGACAGGUUUGUGAUGUUGCGGGAGGAGUUUUCCAAAGUAAAUUCGGUGGACCACCUUGUGCAUCCAGCCUUAAAGGACAAGAUCGAAAAGCUUCGGGAUGAGUUGAACCAGGGUCUCCCUGCAGCUCCUAAUUAUGAAAGCUUGAAAUAUAAAUUAGACAUGCUGAAAGAAUUAUCUAAAACCAAGAGUCUUGCUGAAAAGAAUUAUAAGGCAUCCACAUUAAAGCAGGAGAUCAAUAAAAAGUUUGCAGAAGUCAUGGAUCGGCCUGAUAUAAAGGAGAAAUACAGGGCACUGAAGGCUGAAAUUGAAAAUUCUGGGGCGUCUGUGGUUCAGGAUUUAGACCAUGGGCUGAGGGAGAAAAUUGUGAAGGUGAAGAAAGAUAUAGAGUUGGAACUGGCUGAUGCUCUCAAAUCCUUGGAUUUGGAUGUUGAGGUUGUAAAUUCAAAAGUAAAGGAGCUCAGUGAACAACAGACUUCAUUCUCAGAUGUCAAAGUCAAGAUACAAGAGUUAAAUGAAGAAAUCAAGGAAAGAAUAGAAAAUGUAAUCAAGUCAUCAGAUCUGAAGGACAAAAUUGAGUUACUGAAGUUGGAGGUUGCAAAGGCUGGAAAGACACCCAAUGCUGUUUCCAAAAAUAGAAUUGCAGCUUUAGAGCAACAAAUUAAGCAGAGCCUUGCAGUGGCCUUGGAUUCUUCUAACUUAAAAGAGAAGCAUGAGAAGCUGAAGGCAGAGAUUUCCAAAACCAUUGAAUCUUCUGAAGGAUUGGAUGGAAGUCCGGAAAAACAAUAUGCAAAAGAAGAUGAUUCUACAUAUGCUGAACCAAGAGUAGAGAUCGGUGCAAAUCGCACCUUUGCUUAAUAAUGAUAUCAGUAUUUUGUAUCUUGCCAAAUGAGAAAAUGGGGCGAUUGAUAAGAGAUUGAGUUUAAGCUGGCUAAUUUCGGGAAAAACAUCACCUUAAGCUGUCUUCACUGCCACCAGCAUCUACUGCUAUCUCUUGCUCUGGUUCACAAGGUUUUGCAUCUAUAGAAAUAUCAAGGGACACGGCAUAACAGCAUAUUUUUUAGGCCGGAAUGCUUUUAAUUUAUAUUAGGCUGUUACAACCUAGUAGCUCUCCAUCCAGUUCGUUUUCAUAGUUCUUUAAUCUUUUUGGUAGAACAUGUUACUCUUUCUAUAUAGACACAGAAACUCUGUAUAGGUUGUGAGAAUGUUAAUGGAGGCUAUGAAAGCUUCCGCUUAUUUGAAAUAAUGUCUUUUGGUAAAUAUUCACGUCUUUUGUUUA